AUGCGCUGCCAGAUUUGCCUGAAGUCGGGAAUGAGCGGCAACAACGUGAGCCACUCCAACCGGCACACCAAGACACGCUUCAAGGCCAACGUACACAAGCAGACCCUGGACCGCGACGGUACGCCCGUCACCGUGAAAAUCUGCAGCCGAUGCCUCCGCUCGCUGCACAAGUCCCCCAAGGUCCGCAAGGCCUUCGCCGCCCUGAAGUAA